ACCAGUGUGAGAUAUACUAAUUUACGGUUCGCUGAGUACCAGUCUCAUGUUAUUACGACUGGGAUUCCAUCAUUCAUAUUGGGAGUAAAGGAACUCGUGUAAAAACCAAGAAUUGUGUGACUGAGUGGGCCGUCUCUUCACAGAUUUUCAGGUGUCAUGGCAUAACCUGAUGGGAAUAAACUGAUUACAUUUAUUGCGGCUAUAAUUUGUUUUUUAUGUGGAGGUCGUGGUUGAUGGAUUUACUGCUGUUGCUUGUAAUUGUCAAAAGCACUUUGUUGUCUUAUUCUGAGCAUCCUAUAUAUUGUGAAUAUGGCACAAGUGUAUUAGAAUUACUCAGUAUAUAUCAUUGAAAAACCAAGAAAUUAUCAAGUAUAUCUAGACAAGAACUUUCUUCGUUAAAAUAUGGAUGAGGAAAUCUCCACUACUGAACUUGCUUCAAGUCGGGUGCCUUUCAGUUUUUUGGAUCCAGGGAUGCAAGUCGCUAUCUGCUUACAAGUAGUCAUCUUAAUUAUCAUUGGCUUGGUCGGAUUGUUCGGAAACACCCUCACAAUCAUUGCCAUUGUUCGCACAAAGAGUCUACGCAUUACUACAAACUACUUUCUCGCAAACUUAGCAAUUGCAGAUAUCUUAAUUUGCGUGAUCAUUGAUCCGUUUUAUAUUGUUUCUUUGCUGUAUCGCGGAUGGCCGCUGUCUGGAGCAUUCUGCAAGACUGUUGGCGCAAUUACCUGCUUAACAUUAGCGGCUUCCGUUAUUAAUCUGCUAGCUAUUUCUGUCAACCGUUACUAUUGUAUUGUACGUACCAAACUUUAUGCAAGUUUAUUCAACAGUAGACGCACAGUGAUGUAUUGUCUAGCCAUCUGGGGUAUAUCCUUUUUGACUAUAGUGCUACCAUCUGCCGGUGUGGGCGAUUUUGGCUUCAACGAAAGCCAGAUGAUAUGCGCUUAUCCUCCAACUGAAGAAGCAUGGAUCUACCAGAUCGUUUCAAUGGUCAUAAUGUUUAUGGCAUCAACCAUUGUUAUUCUUUUCUGCUACUAUAACAUUUACAAAAAAAUGCAGGACAGUACUCGCCGAACACGUUCCACGAGCACCAGCAGUGAACAUAUCAGUAAUGUCAACAACGUUGUUGAUAAAAAGUCUACAUUCGCUAGGAUGAAGAGUCACCGAUCAGCAAACGUAAUGGUUCCUAAAACACGUGACAUACGAGUAGCUAAGACAUUACUGAUCGUGCUAUUAACCUUUGUCAUAUGUUGGACGCCCUCUGUUACGCUAACUGUGUUUGAUAAAAACUACAUGGCCCCAGACUUACUAAGGCAGAUGUUUUCUAUACUUGCCCUGACAAACUCCAGUGUUAACCCGUUCAUCUAUGCUUGGCGCAACCGCAGCUUUCGACAGGCUUACAUUCGAAUCAUCAAGUGUCGACACUGGCUCAAACCCGGACAAUAUGAUACAGAAAAGCCUGAAGAUUCCACGACUAGAUUGUAAAAAUCUCGCAUCAGACAAACUUUGGAUACUUCAUGUACUUCUUAAGCACACAAAUCAGUAAUAAAUUACUACUGCGCAUACUGUAUAUGCUCAAUUCUUGCAUGUUACAGCAAAUGAUGAUGAUGAUUAUGAAAACCAUAUGAAUAUACAGCUAUAUCUAUAAAGCAAAUAUAAGGGCGCUAUUUAUCUGUUCUCGCUGAUAAAAUGUGAGAAAACUGGCAGGAAAACUGCUGAAGAUGAAAUUGCAGACUACUUAAGCUACACUUUAAAAAUAAAUUCAAAUUUUUUUUUUUUUUGUGGAAGAGUGAUGCAGCAAUAACACUUUGGGCUUUCAAUUUUGAGUUCGUGGGUUCGAGACCAACACUGAUCACAUUGCCUGCGUCCUUGGGCAAGAAGUUUAUCUACAUUUUCCUCAUUUCCUCUAGGGUAAACAGGUACCUGGCAGAAUAUAAAUGAUCUGGAAUGAAACUGGUUGAAUUAAAUGCAUAACAAACAAGGCUCCCAGGGAGCACAAUGUGAUUAAUUCUGAAUCCAAUGACCAGAGUCAAAAACAUCAUGAACAUUUUCGCGGAUAUAAGUUAUAUUAAAACCUAUGAAGAAACAAAGAAUACAAGAACACAUUUCUUUUACAGACUGCAAGGAAUAUACAAAUUAUUUUAUUUGCAA